UGGGUCACCUCCACCCGGAGCCGCUGGCCGAAAGUCAACCUGCAGACCGAAAACUUUUGCAGAUCAGUAAAGUUUGAGGAUGAACAACGCACUGAAACACUGGAAGGAGGCGGCCACUCUCAUUCUAGCUGCAGGACAGAGAGUCGGUGCGGACGGGUUGCUGUCAAGGACGUCGCUGACCGGGACCGGCACCGGUGGUCCCGGCUCCGGGUCCGGGUCGCACCUCCCGCACUGGUCCCGCUUCGAUUACGACGUGCUACUGCUCAAACGGAGCAGUAAAAGCGGCUUCAUGCCCAAUGCAUACGUGUUUCCCGGCGGCAUGCUGGACUCCUCGGACUUCUCCAGCGAGUGGCUGGACGUGUUCAAGUCCGUCACCAACUCCGCAGAUUUCGGCUUGAGACCGGUCCGGCAGCCCCCGGAGAGCCGGCCGCAGAUCUUCUCCACGGACCGGCGGCAGCUCGGCUCUCCCGUCCCGGGAGACGCGGCUCUGCGGAUCUGCGCCCUGCGGGAGACGUUUGAGGAGUCGGGGGUGCUGCUGGUGCUGUCUGAGGAGGAGGCGAGGCAAGCUGGAGAGGACGGUUUUAAAGAUGAGAUGGGUCGCGGGCUGUGCAGAGCGCAUCAGCUGUGCAGCGAUGAGCUCGCCAAGUGGAGGGCUCUGGUGAACCGAGACCCCUCCAACUUCAUCAGGAUGUGCAAGCAGCUGCAGCUGCUGCCCAACAUCUGGGCUCUGCACGAGUGGGCCAACUGGCUGACCCCCGCGGGGCGACCCGGGGCCAGGUUCGACACGGCCUUCUUCAUGUGCUGCCUGCAGGAGGUCCCGGACGCCAGUCAGGAUGAAAAGGAAAUCGUGCGCUUUCAGUGGUCCAGGCCCUCAGAGAUCCUGCAGAGCUAUCGGGCACGGCAGCUGUUGAUCCCACGUCCGCAGUUCUACGAGCUCAGCCGCAUGUGCUGCUUCCCCUCGCUAAGCGACCUCCACAGUUUUGCCUACGAGCGGGCCACAGAGGGCUGUGAACACUUGUUGCCUGUGAUCUCAAAAGUUGAGCGCCACACUGCACUGCUGCCAGGUGACAAACACUAUCCACUGCAUAUUUCAAGACAGACGGAGGCUGAUAACAGGACAGACUUUGAGCUGAACGAUACUCCAAAUGGUGCACUGCACCGCAUAGUGAUGUCAGAUCCCUACACACCCACUCUACAGAUCACCAUCACACCCAAGUACAACCACUUGCUCCCUCUGAUAGAGCCAGCCUCAUCACAAGACUCAAAAAGUAAACUUUGACCCGCCUUGGAACUCCUCCUCCUCCAACCGACAAGUUAGGGAAGGAAGAAAGUCAGUUCUGACAUUCAGAUCACUGUAAUGUCCUCAGAAGUAAUGAAAAUGGACUGUGUGCGUGCGUGCGUGUGUGUGUUAAAAUGGUCUUACUGGGACUGAUAUGUCAGAGGUGGAGGCUCUGUAUGCCUCUCAGCUGAUGGGGGUCUUCCUCAUUGCAGUGUGCUUGAUGGAUUAAAAAUAAUCUCUUAAAUGUGAUUCACUGCAUGCCUGCCAUUUGUAUAUGCCAUAUUAUUAAAAAUAUUUAAAAUAUUGAUACUGUACCUGCAAACUUCACCGUUGUUGUUUUGAUUUGCACGUUAAUAUCCAUCU